UGGAAAAUAACGAAACGAACUGAGUAGAUCUGACAAUGGCACCAAAGGAACUAAAAGUCACAGAUCAGUCUUCUCACAAGGUGAUAGAGAAACGGAGGAGGGAUAGGAUCAACGCCUGUCUAUCGGAACUUAGCCAGACCGUACCGGCGGCCUUCUCCAAACAGAAUGCUGGAAAACUUGAAAAGGCAGAGAUUCUAGAAAUGACGGUCGAGUAUCUGCGAGCAGUCCAGACCACAGAGAUAGGCACUCGGUUUGACCAUGGUGAGUGGUAUAGCUCGGACGUUUGGGCUGACUUUGUUCACCAUUACCAGGCCGGAUACGACGACUGCGUCAGGGAAAUCGUACGAUACAUGACGGACGUUGAGGGAUUACAGGCGAGUGACGAAAGAUGCAUGCGCAUAAUAUCGUACCUCCAAACCCGUUUCCGCGCAGAUGCGUCUGUAAGCGGAGGAUCUGCAUACCGUGACGUUUUACAACGAUUGACGUCACUGGCCAAAUCACGAGCUUCGCUUCCCGUGGAGAGAUCGUACAGAUACGCCCCAUACAUAUUACCUGCAAGAGACGUCACAAACUCAACACCUGCAUUGUUGGCAAAUAUGUUUAGCGGCAGUAUGUCAGAGGAUAACAAUAGUCGAAAUAUAGUUACAGCAGAUAUUCAUAGUUCGUCGUCUCGGCUGUCCUCUCCCACCCUGACCAGGACAGCCAGACCUGAAGGCAGGCACCAUUCUAGCUUACCAUAUUUCAGAGAAAAGUGAACAUUGUCACCAUAUUCCUUUAUUCUGUAUGUUCUUUGCAUUCAACAAAUUUAUAAACUACAUGUUU